GAGGAGACUCCGACAAGGAAAGGAAGCGUAAGCGAAGAAGUGAAUGACUACUAGUGGGAUAAGUCAGCAACACCGCCCUGUUGGCGGACAUCUACCGCGGCGGACACGCUUGUUACGGCUUUUAAAUGUAGAGGUUGUAGGUGGAACCAAGUGCGCACCGUUAUUUAUCUCGAGUGGGGGACUCCUCGUUGGCACAGAUGGACAGCGUGCAGGCUGUCGCUGAGGACGGCGCGUCGGAUGGAGGCGCGACCAAGUUAAUGAAGAAGCCCAGCGGACUGCCUGUCGCCCGGGGGACUCCGGCGGGUGAUGGCGGUGGACGCUCGGCAGCCUCCCGCGUAGAGGCGAAGACCGGGAACAGCCUGCCUCACUGCGCCUCUUCUAGUGCGUCAAACCGAGCUGUGGCUGUGUCUAAUGGCCGGGGCUCGUCCAGCAACUCCGGCUCCCUCCUGUUGAGACGGAGGCGCUUGAAGAGGAACCUCUCCGCCGCCGCCGCCGCAGCUGCAGCAGCCACCGCCGCCGCCUCCUCCACCUCCUCCACCUCCGCUGUCACCGCCGCCUGCGGCGCCAAGAUGAACUCGGCCCUGUCCUCUGCGUCGCUACACACCCGGAGUCUGGACAGGAAAACCCUGCUGAAGCAGCGGCAGAACAUGCAGCUGCAGCCCGCGGAUCGCGAGUGGGUGAGAGCGGACCUCCACCGGGGCUCCAUACACGUCCACGAGAGACUCACGCCCUCGUACCCCAGGCCGGUUCUGUGCACUAUGGACGCCACGGCCGGCGAGGUGGCGCUCCGACUGAGCAAACUCUGCGGUAAGUCGAGCUCCGUAGUGCGCAUUUUUUGCAAAGAUAACCCCAAGACUGACCAAAAUGGCAACUGCAAUGUGAAGUACGAUUACAAGGUGAACGAAGACUCUGGCAUGAAAUGUAGCCGCCUGACCCCGCUGGACGCCGCGGAGCUCAGGGGCCGUCCGGGCGACCGGCUGAGGCUGCUGCUCAUGGAGGAUGAAGAAGACCAGAGGCAGAAGCAACAGGACGUCGACGGGAAACUUUUCACCCCGGAGUCGGAGUCACAAGACAACAUCACCUGCUCCCUGUCGGAUUUAAACUCAAACUCGAACAUGGAUACCCCCAACGACGACGACGACGACGACGACUCGGAGCACAGGAACUGUUUGGACAGCUAUGGAUUAAACUCCGGCUCGGACGUGGAGAGCAGCGCCUUCGAUGACCUGAGCUCCGGGGCCCGGCUCAGCGAGCACAGGGACUCCCUCAGCGACGACAUGGUGCUGGGCACGGAGGCGUCCAUCCUCAGCCCCUCGUUUGACAGCGCCACGGAGGGCCACGACAUGUACGGCAGCUCCUCGGACGAGCUGGACCUGGACUGUCCUGCGUCGGGCGCCGGCAUGGACAGCAUCUCUCAGCAGCAGCAGCAGCAGCAGCACCACGCCAAUGGGACCGGCGCUGUCACUGCCAACUACAAGCAGCGCGACGUCGGGCAUUUAAGCAACAUGACAACCGACCUGAGAGCAGAGGGCAGACUCAACCCGCGCAGUCUGGGCAGCCUGCCACCCAGCAGCAGCGCCGGCUCAUUGUCGAGAGCCUGUUCUACAGGUACUCCACCUGAUAGCCUGGACCCGGACGGUGGCCGAGGUGCUGCACGGUCCGUCCUCCUGACAGCAGGCCACAAUGGAGACUCCUGUGACUCCAGCCCCAUGCUGUACGUUCAGAUGCACGGCGAGGCUGUCAGGAGGCUCAGCCCGGACGAGAGGCCUCUGCAGAUCCAGAACGACUUUCUCUUCAAGCUUGGAUUUAAGGACCCGUGGAGAGUUCAAGAAGAAGGGCUCAACACGGAAAUUGGCUCCUUGUUACGCUUCUAUGCAGGGAAGCCCCAAAGCAUCGAGAACUCAGAGCGGGUCCAGCUGUCAGGGACAUACAACGUUCGGAAAGGGAAGCUCCAGCUGCCGGUCAACCGCUGGACCAGACGGCAGGUCAUCCUGUGCGGCACCUGCCUCAUCGUCUCCUCUGUCAAGGAGAGCCAGACGGGGAAGAUGCACAUCCUGCCGCUCAUUGGAGGAAAAGUGGAGGAGGUGAAGAAGCACAACCACUGUUUGGCUUUCAGCUCGGCGGGUCCUCAGAGCCAAACCUACUACGUCAGCUUCGACAGCUUCACGGAGCACCUGCGCUGGCACAGACACGCUGCCAAGAUGGUGUCCCAGAGGAUCAACUCGGUAGAUCUGUCGUGCUGCAGCUUGGAACAACUUCCCCCCAACCUCUUCUACAGCCACGACCUCACCCACCUCAACCUCAAACAAAACUUCCUGCCUGCAGAUCAGCGGCUGCAGCAGCUGCAGAGAUUUUCUCGUCUGCGAAGCCUCAACCUGUCCAACAACCACCUCGGUCAGUUCCCCCUGGCUAUCUGUGACAUCCCCACGCUGACAGAGGUCAACCUCAGCUGCAAUUACCUAACCUGUGUCCCCAGCUCUGUGGGAGCCAUGACCAAUUUGCAGACUUUCCUGUUGGAUGGCAACAGUCUAGACGAGCUGCCCGGUGAGCUGGGCUCCCUCCAGAGGCUGAGCUACUUGGGCCUUUCCUUCAACCAGUUCAAUCACGUGCCACAGGUGCUGGAGCAGUUAGCCUCCAUGGAGAAGCUGUGCAUGGCUGGAAACAGCCUAGACACACUCACCCUGCAGAAUUUCCGACUGCUCCGUGUCAAACACAUCGAUCUGAGGUUGAAUAAGAUCUCCAGCAUGGUGCCAGAUGAGCCGGACCUGCUGAGGCACGUAACCCAGCUGGACGUGAGGGACAACAGGCUGACGGAGCUGGACGCCUCGGUCUUCCCCAGACUGGAGGUGCUUCACUGCGAGAGGAACCGCAUCGCCUCUCUCAAGGCCAAGGGUUGCUUGCUCAAGGGCAUCUACGCCUCCAACAACGAGCUCCGGCAACUGGAUGUCAGUCCUGUGCCCUCCAAUCUUAGUUACAUGGACAUCUCGAGGAACCAUAUGGAGUCCCUGCCAGACUGGCUGUGCGAAGCUCAGAAACUGGAAGUUCUGGACCUGAGCCACAACCUCAUCACUGAGCUCCCGGCGCGGUUGUUCUGCAGCAACAGUCUGAGGAAGCUGAGUGCAGGACAUAACCAGUUGCAGAAGCUUCCUGAAAGAGUGGAGCGCCCUCUGCUGGAGGUUUUGGACAUACAGCACAAUCAACUGGUGGAGCUGCCCUGCAACCUGUUCCUCAAAUCUGACAGUUUACGUUGCGUAAAUGCGUCAGCCAAUAAGCUGGAGCACCUGCCACCAUCCAGCCUAUCAGAGGAGAGCCACAGCAUCCUACAGGAACUCUACCUGACCAAUAACCGGCUGACGGAUAAGUGUGUUCCCCUGCUAACGGGCCACACACACCUUCGUGUUCUGCACAUGGCCUACAACCAUCUCCAGACCUUCCCGGCCAGUAAAAUGGCCAAGUUGGAGGAGCUGGAGGAGGUGGACCUGAGCGGAAACAUGCUGAAGACUGUGCCCACCACCAUCAUGAAUUGCCGGCGAAUGCACACGCUCAUCGCCCACUCCAACGCCAUCGAGGUCUUCCCCGAGGUCAUGCAGCUGAUGGAGAUGAAAUGUGUGGAUCUGAGCUGUAACGAGCUGAGUGAGAUCACACUACCUGAGAAUCUGCCUCCCAAGCUUCAGGAGCUGGACCUGACUGGAAACCCUCGUCUCAACCUGGACCACAAGACCCUCGAGCAGCUCAAUAACAUCCGCUGCUUCCGUAUCGAUCCGCCUCCAACCUUUUCGUCCAACGAGGCAUCUGGUGGGCCUGCUGUGUGGAGUCAUGGGUACACAGAGGCCUCAGGCGUCAAGAAUAAACUGUGUGUCGCAGCUCUCUCAGUAAACAGUUUCUGCGGGAGUCGUGAGGCUCUGUAUGGUGUGUUCGAUGGGGACAGGAACGUGGAGGUGCCCUACUUGUUGCAGUGCACAAUGAAUGACGUGUUGGCGGAAGAGAUUCACAAAACCAAGAGCGAGGAGGACUACAUGACCAACACUUUCCUCGUCAUGCAAAGGAAACUGGGAACUGCGGGGCAGAAACUGGGCGGCUCAGCGGCUCUGUGCCACAUUCGCCACGACCCCACCGACCCCGGUGGCUGCUUCACCCUCACAGCUGCUAACGUGGGCAAGUGCAAGGCCAUCCUGUGCCGCGACGGAAAGCCUCUAUCGCUGUCGCUGCUUCAAAAUGUGGGACUCGAGGAGGAAUACCGCCGGAUCAGGCAACACAGGGCUAUCAUCACCGAGGACAACAAGGUGAAUGGCGUGACCGAUUCUACACGAAUUAUGGGCUACUCCUUCCUCUACCCAUCCGUCAUCCCUUGUCCCUACGUGCAGACAGUCACUCUCACCCCCCAGGACGAGUUCUUCAUUUUGGGUAGCCGGGGCCUGUGGGAUGCCGUGUCUCCCACCGAGGCUGUGGAGGCAAUACGAAACGUCCCCGAUGGCCUGGCCGCCGCUAAGAAGCUGUGCACGCUGGCUCAGGGCUACGGCUGCACCGACAGCCUCAGCGCUGUUGUGGUGCAGCUCAGUGUGAGCGAGGACUGCUGCUCCUGCUGCUGUUCCGAGCCUCCCCAGCCUCCUCCCAGCCCCGGCUUGGGCCCCUACCCGCCGUCGUCCUCCUCCAUCAAGGAGCGGCCCUCAGACGGCUCCCUGCCUGUGCCGCCUUCCUCCUGCAGUGAAAUCAGCAGUGAGAUCAGUACCAGCGAGAUGAGCAGCGAGGUGGGAUCCACAGCCUCAUCCGACGAGCCGCCGCAGAGCUCCCUGUUGCUGCUGCACGAACAGCCCCACCAUCCGCACCUCCACCUGCACCAGCAGCCCCACUCGCUGUCACUCCAGCACCAGCAGGCAAACACAACCACCCACCCCUGCCAGUACCUGUUCCCAGGAUCAGAGCUGCCCUCUGCCCGCAGCUGCUGUGCCCUCCAUCCCGCCUGCUUAGCGAGCUCCUUCCAGAGGCAACUGUCUAGCGCUACCUUCUCCAGCGCCCUGUCCGACAACGGGCUGGACAGCGAGGACGAGGAGCCCAUCGCUGGGGUUUUCUCUAAUGGGAGCCGUGUGGAAGUAGAGGCAGACGUCCACUGCCUCAAAGCAGAGUCCUCCUCCUCCUCCUCGUCACCCCAAACAUCUUUACCCUCAUCUUCCAGCCAGGAGCGGACCAUGCUGGCUCUCCCCCCACCUCCUCCACCGCCAUGCACCCCGGAGCCCUUUGAGGAAGGGAUCGACAUGAGCCCCGGUGAGAUUGAGAACGGGCUGGAGAGAGAUGAGUCUUGGCAGACAGUCGGAGCAGGAGGUGGGGAUGGGGGAAAGUCGGCAGGCAAGAGGAGGGUCAAUGGGUCGGUGGCACGCCAGGAGAAGAGUCACAACCUUAUUGAGGUGGCCGCUGACGCCCCCUCAAAGAAGUCCGGAGGCUACUUCACAGCUCCAGCCCAGCCCGACCCAGAUGACCAGUUCAUCAUCCCGCCUGAGCUGGAGGAGGAGGUGAAGGAAAUCAUGAAGCAGCAUCAGCAGAAACAGCAGAAGCCGCCUGGGACUGAUCAGCCCACAGACUACUACGACACCCCCCUCUGAACAACACCACCACCACCACCAACUACAGCCUCAUCUCCAUCCCAGCUGCAGCAUGCACUGAAGCCGACUGCACCAUCCACCUAACCAGUUUGAUUUCCCGUAUAUGGACACAAACAAAUGAGUUUCCUUCAGAGGCUGUACAAUGCACAUGAAAAAAGUUGGAUCAAACUUUUUCUAAACAGCCUCCCUCGCUCUACACAGCCUCAUCAUUGAAGAACCAUGCACUGUAACGUGAUCCACACAUUUUUUACCCAAGCAACUCAUAGAUUAAAACAAGCAAAUGAGCCCUUUAAUGACACACAACCCUUUUGACACAGCUCCUGGUGUCCAUGGUUGUGCCCUUCUCACUGACUGUGGAACGUUGUUUUUACAUUAGACAACCAGCUGAGUAUGUAAUCAACACUAGUCUCUUUGCAAUAGCAUUAGCUCGCCACAACACUUGUUAAUAUGGAUAACAAUUCCAUGGUUUGUUUGUUUGUUUUGUAAGAACUUACCAUAUCUUUUAAUGUGAAAGCAGUGAAGUUGCUGAAAGAACUUUUUAAAACAGAGACUCAUAAUCUUUUUAUUAUCAGUGAACUAUGUCGAAAUGGUACACCAGUAAUACCACACUUAACUGUUGUAGAUAGGGCACUUAAAUACUGUAUUUCUUCAGUAAAUCAUGGCUCUUGGCCUGUAAAAUGGCAUAGAAAUUUUUUGUAGAAAUUUGAAAUACUAACUCCUAGGAGUUGCAUACUCUUUAUGGUGACACAGUCACUUUUACUAAUCUUCUCUGAGAGAAAAGGUGAUUUUUUUUUUUUUUCCAAUGAUUGUAAAUAAGAGAAAUGUUGUAUACUGAUGCUUUUAAAGGAACUACGUACCUGUAUGUCGGUGAAGGUUUUAGUGGAGGGGAGGACGUAAGGUUCACCAAGAAUUUGCUGUUUCGGAGGUGACACACACCCACCCCCUUUAUCUUACAACGUUGACCCACAAAUACUACAUGCACACACAUACACACACGUAGAAAUGUAUUUGUGCAAUUACAGGUCAGAAAACCCAACAUUCCAUGCAAUAUACCUACACAAAGUUGCCAUGGUUUGCUCCACUUUGUUUGAGUGUGAUGUCCUGUAGUCAUCACUGUAUCUAAUGAACACUAAUAGACAGAUCUUUGCAUGCACACUUGCAUGCACGCACAUACACACAUACAAGGACACUCACACAUAAUAUUAGUCCCACCUCCCUCCUACAGUAACUGUUAUCACCGGCAUGACUGUGUCAAGUUCAGUAAUACAAACAAAUAUAUCCACAUGGAAAAGAGACAACACAGAUG